AUGCCUCUACGGGAAAUAAUCAAUGCAACAAUAGAUUCCAAAUUUGACGACAAGCUAAAAGAAGAUAUAGUAAACAACCAGUUUGACGCCUUAAAACAAAAGAUGGACGAAUAUAUUGGAGAUAACCGGAACCAAUUGACUGAAGUUAACCAGGACAUUGCUACUUUACGUAAAGAAAUGGAAGCAGUGAAGAAUUUGGCUGAAAAGCUAAAAGGUUUAAUUGCAACAGAGAAUUCUAGAGUUGCUCUUACCGCUUGUCUUCUAGGUGCUAAUUUUCAUACUAAGGCUGGAAAACCUAUAAAAUUUACGAAUAUAAAAACUAGCAUUGGAAUGACCGACUUAUCUGCUUACAAAUCAACCGGAACAUUCAUUUGUACAGUUGCUGGAUUGUACCAUGUUUCUGCGGUUAUGGUGUCAGCGACGAAUAAUGCAGCUAUCCGUAUUUAUAAAAAUAAUGAAGUUAUUAUUACUACAUAUUACGGUAAAACAGAUGGCUAUCCCGAAACUAGCACCAGUGUUUUUGUUAAGAUGUUGGAUGUGGGUGAUGAAAUAACAGUCGGGACAGCUUCCAAUCAGUAUAUUUAUGAACAUUCUUGUUUCACGAUUGUGAAACUAAACUAA